GCAAGAUGAUUUAUAAACAAAAAUUGAGCUUAAAAAAUGCCAAUAAUUGUAUCAAAUUUUGAAAGAAAACUGUACUCUAAACUAUAUAAAUUGUAAAACUGGUGUGUAAAGGAUUUUUGUAAAUUAAAAGAAAUAAGCGACAUGGCUUCAGUUAACGUUCGGGAUCAAAAGAUCGAACAACAACGACAAUUGUUAGAACAGAAGAUGAAACAGAAACGACAAAAUUCUGGUAUGGUCCAGGCUAACGAUUUAAGAGUGGGUUCUGCUAAACGUCCGAUAUCUGGAAGUCGGUCUCGUGAACUUCAUGGAUAUGAUGGUCCGAUGCAAUUUCUUAUGUCGCCAGUCAAUCCCGAUCAAGUUAUACCCCUCCAAACAAAUAGAAUAUCCACCUACGAUGAAUUAGGAAAUCAAAUUGAAGUCCUAACAGUGGGGGAUGAUGUUGGGGAAGGGAGUGGCGAAGAGGAAGGAGAAAGUGUCCCAGUAUGCAGCAUGGGACGAGAUGCGAGUACGGAUGACGUGUGUGCUGAUGCAGCCGUCGCUCCACUCCAAGGUCGUCCUCGACGAGAUGUUUCGCCGAGCCAGACGGCGGAGAUUGAAGGAUCCGUGGAAGGUUCCGUGGAGACGUUUGUAAUAACUCCAGCAAAACAUGGAACAUUGUACAAGUGUCGUAUCGCACGUGAUAGAAAGGGCAUGGAUCGAGGGUUGUAUCCGACGUACUUCUUGCAUCUUGAAAAAGAUUAUGGCAAGAAAGUGUUCCUGUUAGCUGGUCGAAAACGUAAAAAAUCAGCAACAUCGAACUAUCUUAUAUCAACGGAUCCGACCGAGUUGACACGCCAAGCCGAUAGUUUCGCUGGAAAGCUAAGAUCCAAUCUCCUUGGCACAGCUUUCACGGUCUACGACAAUGGUAAAGCUUGGAGAAAAAACCAUAGAGACCCGCCUCGACACGAACUUGCCGCUGUUGUUUAUGACACAAACGUCUUGGGGUUCAAGGGACCUCGCAAAAUGACUGUCAUCUUACCAGGAAUGACACCUGAUCGACAAAGAGUUACAAUUGCACCGCAGGACGACAGUGAAUCACUCCUCGAACGAUGGAAAAGCCAAAACUUCGAUGAUAUAGUGGUCCUACACAACAAAACGCCCGUUUGGAACGACGAGACACAGUCGUACGUUUUGAAUUUUCAUGGACGCGUUACUCAGGCGAGUGUGAAAAACUUUCAGAUCGUACACGACUCGGAACCGGAUUAUGUCGUUAUGCAAUUCGGUAGGAUCUCCGAGGACGUCUUCACUAUGGACUUUAGGUAUCCACUGUGUGCGUUACAAGCAUUCGGUAUAGCGCUCAGUUCGUUUGACAGUAAAUUGGCAUGCGAGUAAUUUUAUUAUCCUAUCGCUUUGUAUUGAUUAUUAUUAUUAUUAUUGGCUACUUAAAAUAAAUUAAUAAUUAAUUUAAUUCAUUCACAAAUAGAAUAUCAAAUUAUGAAGUCUGGUUUUUAAUCAUGUUUACAUUCCAUUUAUUUAAAUUUAUUUUAUAUUAUUAAUGAAAUAUACACAUUUUAAAACCACUCGUAUAUAAAAUUUUAAAUUGUUUAGAAUAAUAUACUAAAACAACAACAAAUUACUGAAGUCUAUUUUUAAUUAUGGAGUACUUAGAAGUACUAAGAAAAUAUAACCAUCAGCACAAAAAGAAUACAUACAUUAUAUUUGCUUCUACAUGCUAUUGCAAAAUAAUAUCUAUUUUAGAAUCACACAUAUAAAAUUAGACAAUGGAGGCAUAAAAAAAGAAUGAUAUCUAGUUUGACCUCUAUGGUUUAAAAAUAGACUAAAAUAAUUAAAAAUAUUUACGAAUAAUUUAUGUUUAUAUUUUAUGAAACAAAACGCACAUAAUAUAAUUUUCGGUGCUUAUUCGACUUAGGUUGUGUUUAUGAAUUAGUUUCAUCGAUUAAUCAGUGAACGAAGUAGUUACGAUAGUUUGUAUAGAAUUAGUAAAAACACAUCUAGUUUAUGGUCCAAGAGGAGACAGGAAGGAUUAGAAUGGAUUUACCGCAACCGAUGUCUUUUCAAAAUCUUCGCAGUUCCAUAAUAAAUACAUUGUUUAAAUGUAUAUUUUAUUUUUACAUCAUUCUAGUAAGCGCACAAGUUGAUUGCCAUUAUAGAAUGGCCUAGUGGUGCAGUUAUUAGUCAUAUUAAUUUCUUGAUAUUUGUAUAUCAUUUGUAUACAGUAAAGUAAAUUUUAAUAUUUUCACAUAUUUAUAAAUAAAUAUAUUCUUUAUUUAAAAAUUAAUUCUGUAUUUAAGUACUUUAAUUAUUGAUAAUUGUACAACAAGUGACAAGGUCAUGCCUUGAUAGUAGUAACCUGAAGACUCAUAAGGCAAUGGUCAAGGCUUACUACCCCUACACUUAUGGUGUUGGGGUUAGUUAGCGUACUUCUGACUCUAAUGAUAAUCAACUCGCACGCGCACGAUAGAUAACUAAUAAUUUCUACGAAAUAAAAUUGGUUUUAUUCAAAUUACUUCGGGGUUGUGGAGUAUCCAAGUUGAAUCCAUAUUUAAAUAUAAGUCAAUGUAUAGAAUUAAGUGUGUAGAUAGUUUUAUCGAUACCAUGUGAAUUAAACAUUCCAGUAAUUUAUUAAAACUUAUCAAAAUUAUUUUUAAUUAUUAAAAAUUUAUGGAUAUUUCCUUUUAAACGAACUUGCCUUUUAUAUAUUUCAUCACAUUAUAAUGUGUCAUUGUCCAACAUAUAUAAAUUGUUAUUUUGUACUAGUCAUCAUUUUUAAGAUUAUGUAAUUAAUUAAGUUAU